GAAACUUUCAAAUUGGAUUGUCAAAACAACCCGACUCUGCCUUAACUAGAAUACUUGUAAUUAUUCAUAUGUGUCCAACCUCUAAAUUGAUUCUUUAUUAUAGUUUCAGUAUUACUAGCUACUGCUCGAGUCUCCAAAAUAACAAACAAAUUAAUAUUAUUCUUAUCAACUUUCUUACUAAUAAACCCAUGUUUCUCAUAGGCAUUAAAGCCUCUAAAGUUCCAGCAUAGCAUCUUCAUCACUCCCUUUUCCUUCCUCCCCUCUUCUUAGGUGAGUCAUGAAUAACCAAGCUCUGAGCCUUUGCAUUUAAUGGAACUCUUACCUGUACUGCAGAGGGAGGUAUCGUCCGCUGCUUUCCCUUUUCGCACUACAAGCUGGAAACCUUCAUCAUCAACUAUUUCCCAUUAUUCGGAGUAAGAACCUGAGAUGAGCUAGCUAGUAAGUCUCCACUCUUCAGAAUCAAGCCAAAUACUAGAACUGGACCUCCUUUAGAUAAAAUUGAGCCAACUACUGGAACUGGACCUCCUCCAUUUAAUUCAACAACUAGAGUGGGAUCACCUUCCUUCAUAUUUGAGCCAGCUACUUGAACUGGACAUCCUUUAUUAGUAUUUGAGCCAAAUAUUGGAAUUUGCCCCAAAGAACUAGCAGUAACUUGCUUAGCAACCCAGGUCACAUCAUCAGUCAUGGCUUCAGCAACCACCAACUCUUUCCCAGUUUGAACAUGAACAACCUUACAUUAUUUUCCUUCCCCAUCAUAGUGCCCAUAUUCACUACACUGACUACAACGUGAUGGAACAUGUAGAUAGCGAACCACAAGUUGAAUAAGUCGAUCUCCUUCAGGUGUAAUACUGAGCAUUUCUGUAACUUCGAAGUCCGCAAGAAUCUCCACACAUACCCUCGCAACACUUGCUUGAGCCCCCAAUCUAGUCGCCUGGUCCAUCCAUUAAGAAAUACCUAACAGACAAGAAACGUGAAGCAACCCCUCCGUUGUACUAUAUUCCGACGACAAUCCACUCAAACGCACCCAAAUAUGGAGAGACUUGAGAUUCAUUUCCAUAGACUAAAUUCCAGGGAUCCAACGACGAAGAAAUAACAGAUUAUUUGCAUAGUGCCAGGGGCCAUUCUCACAUACCCAAUUACUUGUAGCAGGAUCAACAAACUGGAAAAUGAACAUGUUAUCACCGAAUGGCAAGACCAAAACCUUCCCAUCUCGACCCCAAAAUCUAUGAGCCCAAUGGCGCAACUGCUCAAUUCCAGGUGUCGACGAUAGGAACUGCCAACCAGCACAUUCCUCCAACGAGCAACCCCCUCGUCACGCACAGUUCGUGGGAUGAUAAUAGAACCAUCCACAAUGUUCAGAGUGAUGUACUAGAGCCGAUUGGAUCGCCAACACCGAACAGCUGCGCCCAAUUAGCAAGUGCCCCAUGUGCAACGACCAUCUUCCGGAACCCUAAUAGGAAGCUUUCAGAGAGAAAAUGAAAAAACUUUGUUUUCUUCAGAUUCGUUACUUUCUCAUCUUCGCUUUUUUUAGAGAUUUUUUUGUUUAUAUUUUAGUUUUUAUGAUCUGUGUUACUUUUCUUACUUGAUAUCAAUGGACAUUCUAUGUUGGAAAUUGUGUUGAUGGUUUUUCUUGUUUGAUAAUACUCUGUUUGUGAUGACGAGAUCAAGCUAUAUUUUCUCAAGAGAAAAAUAGGUUACAAUGAAGAUUUUUAGAAGAUCGGACAUCCAAAUUGUUUACUACUUUUUAUGUUUUUUACUUUGACAGAUUGGUUGGAUGAUAAAUUUUUAAUUUAAUUCAAUUCUUAACGUAUUUCAAAAUAUGUUUUGGAAAUUCAAUUCAAUUUAUUUCUAGAAACUUGAAUAUGACAUUCCAAAUAUAGAAAAUUCAUUUGACAAUGAAUUCAUUUUAAAACG